UCUCGUAGCCACUGCAUCCUCCUACUCGCUCCUGAACUUUAAACCGUGCUCCGGAGAACAACCUGGAGGAGGGGGAUUUCUCAGGAGCCAGCGUCUUUCUUUCGCACGCUCAGGACUGUCACAUGCUGGCUCCCAGUGUUCCCUGCCAUCCAGAAGAUGCUGCGCACCAGCUACCCAGACUUGCUGCCGAGCCCAAUGCCGCUCCCCGGGUGGUAGCGUGGGCGGGGCACAGGAGGGGCGGAGCGUGGGCCGCGAAAGCAGAUGCGCGAGGACACCCAGUCCCUGCGCCCCCGGAGAAGGCAGUGGCAAGAGCCUACGUCAGCCGUGGGAAAUCCCCUUACCGCGCUGCGCUGGUGGGGUCUGCGUUGGGCUCCUUGGGCGCUCCGCCCCCUUUCCCUGGUUCCUGUACUCAGGACUGAAGACGCCGGGAGAUUUGUAGAACUAAGAGGGUGGAAAGGUGUGAGCGGCAAAGCAGAGGAGGGCGAGAAGGAGGAGGUGGCCCCCGGGGGUGGUCUGACGGACCCAGGAGUCCUGCUGGCAGAAGACUGGCUGGCGGGCUGGCUGGCUGCAGCAGCCUCGGGUCCGGACACGCAGAGUGGAGUGGAGCCAUGGCCUCUGGUGGUUAUAACCCAUAUAUAGAGAUAAUUGAACAACCCAGGCAGCGGGGAAUGCGUUUUAGAUACAAAUGUGAAGGGCGAUCGGCAGGCAGCAUUCCAGGGGAGCACAGCACAGACAACAACCGAACAUACCCAUCUAUCCAGAUUAUGAACUAUUGUGGAAAAGGAAAAGUGAGAAUUACAUUGGUAACAAAGAAUGAACCAUUUAAACCUCAUCCACAUGAUUUAGUAGGAAAAGACUGCAGAGAUGGCUACUAUGAAGCAGAAUUUGGACAAGAACGCAGGCCUUUAUUUUUUCAAAAUUUGGGUAUUCGAUGUGUAAAGAAAAAAGAAGUAAAAGAAGCUAUUGUUUCAAGAAUAAGUGCAGGAAUCAAUCCUUUUAACAUCCCCGAACCACAGCUGCUUGAUACUGAAGAUUGCGACCUCAAUGUGGUGAGAUUAUGUUUUCAAGUUUUCCUUUAUGAUGAGCAUGGUAAUUUGACGACCACUCUACCUCCUGCUGUCUCUAACCCUAUUUAUGACAACCGUGCUCCUAAUACUGCAGAGUUAAGGAUUUGUCGUGUAAACAAGAACUGUGGAAGUGUCAGAGGAGGAGAUGAAAUAUUUCUACUCUGUGACAAAGUUCAGAAAGAUGACAUAGAAGUUCGGUUUGUGCUGAAUGACUGGGAAGCAAAAGGUAUCUUUUCACAAGCUGAUGUCCACCGUCAAGUAGCCAUUGUUUUCAAGACCCCACCAUAUUGCAAAGCUAUAACGGAACCAGUAACAGUAAAAAUGCAGCUGCGGAGACCUUCUGAUCAGGAAGUUAGCGAGUCUAUGGAUUUUAGAUAUCUGCCAGAUGAAAAAGAUACUUAUGGCAAUAAAGCGAAGAAACAGAAAACAAAUAUACUUUUCCAGAAACUGUGGCAAGAUUGUGCAGUUAAUUUUCCUGAAAGACCUAGACCUGAUUCCCUAGGACCAACUGGCGAAGGAAGAUUCAUUAAAAAAGAAUCCAACUUGUUUUCUCAUGGCGCAGCUUUGGCAGAAAUGCCCAGGCCUUCAGGAGUUUCAAGUCAAGGAGAACCCUACUAUUCCCCAAAUGUACCCAUGUCCGGUGCAUUGCCACAUCAUCCUUCAGCCAUACCCGCAAUGGUACCUCAGUCUUCUUCAAGCUGGUCUUCCGUGGCCCACCCCACCUCAUGCUCAGUCAAUACAAAUCCACUGAGUAGUUUUUCAACAGGGACACUUUCCUCUAAUUCACAGGGUAUCCCACCAUUCCUGGAAAUGCCUCUUGUGAGUGAGUUGAAUAAUGCUUCCAAUCCUUGCCUUUAUAACAGUACUAACAAUAUAGGCAGAAUGGAAGCAUCACCCAUGUCAGCUGACUUAUAUAGUAUUUCUGAUGCCAACAUGCUACCCAACUGCCAUAUGAAUAUGAUGACGCCCAGUAAUGACAGCAUUAGGGAAACCGAUAAUACGAGACUUGUGAGCAUGAACAUCGAAAGCCCCUCGUGUAACUCAGUGUUAGACCCAAGAGACUUGAGACAGCUCCAUCAGAUACCCUCUUCCAGCCUAUCAGCAGGUGCCAGUUCCAGUGCUGCUGCGUUUGUUUCACAAUCAGAUGCAUUUGAGGGAUCUAACUUCAACUGUACAAAUAACAGCAUGAUAAAUGAGUCAGGGUCUUCUAACGGUGCUAAUGCAAACAGUCAUGGUUUUGUUCAAAGUCAGUAUUCAGGUAUUGGCACUAUGCAGAAUGAGCAGUUGAGCGGCUCAUUUGAGUUAGACUUUUUUCCCAGUUAACUUGUAAGAUUUAAAUAGUGAUUCAAGAUUUAAAUCUUUUUACGUGUUUGCAAUGAUUUUAAUGUUAUCUGCAUAGGUGCAGUAUUUUAUAUUUCUCUGAUUGAGACUAUAACAGGAAGAUUUGGGGGUUUAGUGGUGUAGUGGUUUUAUGAAACUCACCCAGUUUGGGUGUAUAGGAGAGUUCUUUGACAGUCAGUCCUGGCUCUGGAGCUCCUAAAAUUUUUCAGGAUGUAAAUAAAAGAUGAAUGUUCAGUGCUGAAGUUACCACUGAAGGAGAGGGAUGAACUCAUUUUCCAACUUCAUGAAGAGCUGGGGAAAGUUCAUCAUUUACAGACGAUUGUUACUUCAAGAACAGAUAAACCCACACAAACUGAACUUCCAGACUACCUGCGGUGUGGAAUCCUACGCGCACUGCACACUUACUUAAACUAGUGCGCACUUCAGCCUACACGCAGUCAUUAUUGAGCAUUGGAAGUGUAUAAAUGAAUCUGUGCCAUGCUAAAUAUUGAAUAAAAUCAGUUUUUCUGUAUUAAAAAAAAAAACUUUGAGUAUGUAGAAUACAAAGUUGGAAACUGCCAGAAAGGGUGCUUUCCAGAACAGGAAUUUAACAGGGUUUUUAGUGUUUUCUUCUUUUGAAACAUGUGACCUGACACUGUGUGAUAGGAAUUCUGUCUUUAGGGUUUCACCAUGUUCCCUCAGAACAAAGUGAAGAGAACAUUAGCUCCAGCUUUUCCAAAUAUGCUUUUUUAUAUUUCUUUUGUGACGUAUUAAUGUAUUCCUAGUUAAAUGAAUUGAUAUUUGCUUUUGAGCAAAUUUAAGGUAAAACUUGUAAUGGCUAUGUCAUUGGAAAAAUUCCUUGUUAUUUUUGAGGACCAUGAGCUAAGGUGACCCCUAAGGGGUUUUUCCGAGGCAUUUUGGAAUUUCUUAGAUUUAUAUGUAAAUCAAAAUUUUUUUAAAAUGCUAAGUUUUAUCCAGGCCCUUUCAAGGUAUGGGGGGUUCAAGUCUACUUUUGGACUAUUUAAAUCCAUACUUUUAAAAUUGCUGAUGAUUUUCAGGCUACACCCAUGUUUUUAAGGGGAAGAAAUUUCCUUGGAUCUCUUCUCUUUCUUAUGUGUCCUCACUCACUGUGAUCUCACCCAGUUUCAUGCUGUCAACUCUGAAAUUUUGUCUCUAGCGUAGACCUGUCCUCUGAACUCCAGGUUUGGAGUUUACCCAUGUGUACAAAACUGCUUAUUUGACAUCUGUACCUAGAAAUCUAACUAAAGCUCAGACUCAACAUGUCCUUGAUCUUCCCUUCCAAACUUGCUUCUCUUUCAGUCUUCCCCCAACUUAGUAAAUGGCAGUGCCAUGCUUCUGGUUGCUCGGGUCCAAAACCAUGGAGUCAGCCUUGAUUCUUUUUUUCUGUUAUCUCCCAUAUCUUAAUCUAUCAGCUAAUCUGGUAAGUUCUACCUUCAGAAGAUAUCCAAAGCUGACCACCUCUUUUGACCUCUACUAUUAACAUCCUGUUCCAAGCCACCAUCAUCUCUGCCUGGAUUGAAGCUAUAUCCUCCAAAAACCCUCUUUACAUCCUUGUACCCUUAUAGUCUAUUCUCCCUAAAGUAGCCAGAAUGAUUAUUUUUAAGCCAAGUCAAAUCCUUUCAUUCAGUUGGUCAGAACCAUCCAGUGGCUCCCCAUCUCAGAGUAAAGACCAAAGUCCUUAACAUUAGCAUGCCCUCACUCCCUCUCCUACCUCAUCUGCUACCAUUUUCCCCUCUUCGUUCAGCUCCAGGUACUCUGACUUCAGGGCUCCUCUUCAAAAACACCAAGUAUUCCCCCGCUUCAGAGACUUCAUACUUGGUGUUCUCUCUGCCUGACUGGUUUUCUCUCAGGUGUGUGCAGAGCUCAUUCCGCACAUCCUUCAGUCUCACUCUACUGUCACCUGAUCAAAGCCUUUCUUGACACUAUAUCUAUCAGCUCUCCAUGUCCCCCCUCCUUUAUAUUUUCCCAUAGGACUUACCUAAGCAAUCAUUUGUUUACUACUUGUUUUCUUACAUUGAAAUACAAGCUUCAUGAGGGCAGGAAUAUUUGUGUUUUGUUUGUUGAAUACAGUUUGUAGAACAGUGCCUGCCUGAUAGUAAGUAAUCAGUAAAUACUUAUUGAACAUUCAAAGUAGUAAUGACACAGCUUUGGUUUUUGAAAUAAAUAGCUUUAAUUAUUAGAUGUUCAUGAUUUUUAUAGUUCUGUUGAAUGUAACAUCCGGCUUAUGUCAGAAUCACACAUUCAGGACAAGGAUUAAUAAUGAUAAUUCGAAUUGUUGGGAAGCAAAGUAAUCCCAGUAGAAAAAUGAUGUUGGAAUUUGGGCACAACCUUUAUUGUGAUGGAAUUGUCUUGAUGCUAAGUAACUUAUUAAAGACCUACUUUAUUUUACAACUAGAACCUACCAUAAAUGUUAAGCAUAUUCUCAGCUAGGAACAUGGCAUUUCACUCAUAUACCAUCCAAAUAAACCAUAAAUUUACUGGAACAAUUAAAACUAGUUAAUUUGGUUAAAAUAGAGAAUGCAUGAAUGUCAUAUAAAUAAAAAUUCUGAAUUGAAUGAUACUGGGAAAUGGAAGGAAACCAAGAUAAGAUUUGGGGUCAGAAUAUUUAGGGAGCAAAAGAAAAAGAUUAAAUACUGUUAUUGUUUUUCAGAAAUUAUGAUUUCAAAAUGAAACACUUCUGUUACAUAAUUUUGAAAUCAUAAGCACACCACAUACUUCAGUAGAACUUACCAAGGAGAAAGAAAAAUCUGGACACAAUUUCCUACCUGUUAAAAAAUAUGAACCCAAGAUAUUUUCAGAUAGUGGUUAAUAGGUGGUAUAGUUUUUUAAAAAUAUAGAAUCCUAUAAUUUUAUAUUAAUUUAGCAUCAAUCAGUUAAACACUGUUGGAAAAUCUAAAUGGAUUUUUAAAAUUAGAUGAGCAAUUGAUUUGCAGUUUUUCUGUGUAUACCGAAGUAAGGUAGUGCUACAUCUGUGAUGAAAGGUAUUUUUCCUAGAAUUUAUUUUAGAACUUAAAAAUAUUUUGACAGCUUCUUCUCUAUCUCUGAAUGUGUUUACACUUUCACCUGUUCUUGUAACAUCCCACUCUAAGUUUCUGAGAAAAAGGUGGACCUUAUGCCUUUCUAAACUCUACUUAUAUACUGGACCCCCUCCCCCCGCCUUUCUCUUCCAUUUCUUCUCCUGUUUCCUUACCCUCACUUCAGCAUUUAGUGUCUUUUUUUGUAUUAAUGUGGUAAACAUCUUUUCUAGCUUAAAAGGAAAGAUGUCAUCCUCUCCUGCCAUCCUCACACCCCUUUCCUACCCAUCCAGACUUUACAAAGUGCUUUCAGUUUCCAUUUCUUCACUUCCCAGUCAUUUUUUACCCUAUCAUCUCUCUCUCUAUCUCCUACUAUUUUCUUACAAUAUUGUGGGAAAAGUAACUAGAGACACCCUCCCUUGUUAAUUUUUUUCUGCUUGAACCAUCUGUAACCUUCCAUCCCAUUGACCAUUCCCUCCUUGGAUGUCCUCCACGUUCCUAUGGAAGACAAGAUUCUUCUCUGAGGUUGACUUCCCCCCACCCCCAAUCUCAGCAGGGCCCCAGUUGGUGCUAUUUUACCCCCAGGGUGACCGUAUCAAUGCCCACAGCUUCAGCCUUCUCUCACACAAUCAGAAUAUGAUUGGCUCCUCCUUCUGCACAUUCUUUCACUAAUGGCAUUACCAUUUACCCUACCAUCCAUGCUAUUUAAAAGCAACUUCACAUUCAUACUUAGUCAUCAAGUCCUUUUAAGUCUACCUUUAAAAAAUCUCUUGCAUUUGUCCCUCCAUUCCUGCUAAGUUCUUAGUGUAGGCCUUCACUCUUCUCCCCCAACAAGAAUCUCUUUUCCAUAUGCUCCAGUUAAAAAUAACACUCCAUUCUUCCUUAUUCCCUAUUACAUAGUUGUCAUUCCUCGAAAAAAUUUUAUCAGGCUGCUGGGCCUCCAUGCUUUUAACAUGUUCCCACUCCACCUGUGUUCUCCUGCAACCAUAUCACAUAGUCUUUAAGACUGGGCUUAAAGUUUCUCCUCUGUGAAACUUGGUCUUGCCUGCCUUGUUGAGGUACAGCUUUGUACACACCCCUGUGGCAGAACUACGCGCUGAAUUAAAGUCAUUUAAGUUUGUCUCUUUCAGCACCAAUUAUGCCAGGGACUGUGCACAGUCCCUGGCAUAAUUGGUGCUGAAUAAAUGGUACUAUUAUUAGGGAGUCAAGGGUGAAACUGACAUAGGAGUGAGUAUAAAAAUGUGGACACGUAUGUGGUUCUUAAAGGGAAAGGUACUUAACCUGAAAGGAAAAGCAGCGAUGCCAAGAUUAUCAAGCUUGUGAAAUAGUUCACCCUCUGUCUCCAUAUUGUCAACUAUAUUAGGCAGAAAUUUACAGUUGUUAGGAUUGUUUCAUAUGUCUGAUUUUGCUGCUUUGCGGCAGGUUUAAUUUCAGUCCUCCCCACGUGCAUUCACCCUGCCCCUCACCCUUGCACAGACACUGGAGUAUUCAUGUAAUCAAUCACAUCACAUUUCUUACAGUCUAAUUUGCAAAGCACCAUGUUU